AUUUUUUUUCUUCAAAAAGCGAAACGAGAAAGAACUUGGUGGCAACGUUGGAAAACUGCAGACGAUUUUAAUAUCAAACAACGAACAUGGAAGAACCACAACCGGAUUAUACCAUCGAGGAGCUGUUGGUGCAUGGGCCAGUCUAUGCAGUAUCCAAAGUAAUAAGAUCUGUGUUGGAUUCACCCAUCUCUCAUGUGGCGGCUGCCAACAAACUUCACACACUGUUCACGCAGAAAGAAUACGUCACAGACACUACAGUUGAUUGCUACUUGAACAGAUUCUUACUGGUUGUGUUGAAGCUUCCCAGCUCUGAAGAAGGCAAAAAAACUGUAUUCCUUGAAAUUCUGGACAAAGUCAUCUUUGGGGAGGACUCGGCUUUUGUGUCCCUGCUGAUUCAAAGAACUUUAAUAACUUCUAAAGUCCCAUCUGAAGCUGCCGCAGAUAUUUUCUGUUAUUUGGCUGUCAAAUUCCAUCGUCAGAGGAAUUUCUUCAAAUUCGUCACCUUACUGAUCAAUGCCGUUAAUCACAGCAAUCACUCAAUGGUUGGUUUUUCACUUCAUCCUCGAUUGCUGGAAUGCAUGGCAGAAUGUGCAGUGAAGCUGCCCAUCACCCAAAAUCUGACACUGUGGAGAACCAUUUGCAAAGGUUUAGGGGAAGAUUGGACCAAAAACAUAAUUUCAGAAGGAGACUUUCCUCAGCCUCGAGUAGCAGCGCAAGUUCUGGGUGUCCUUUUGCUGAACAUCAAACUCGCCGAUUACUCCAUCCGGGAUGAAACAAUGGACGAAGUGCUAACACAAUUCAGUAAUGUGAGCAGUAAGCUGACAAUACUUAUGGAAGCGGCAAUCAAAAAUCCCAAGGGAUUCGUUUCGCCAUUGCUGACGCUUGCAUUUGCUUACGGAGAACUCCAUCAGCUGUUGCUCUUGUACAGUCCAUUGUACGCCGAACGCCAGUCUGAUAAAACAGAGUGUCAGGUAUCGGACGUCAAAGACGAAGUGUGGGAUUUCAACUUCUUCCACACUUACGCGACUAAUGAGCAGUGGUUGCAACUGGCUGAUGCUACGCUAAAGUCUCACGUUAGCUUAUGGGCUCCUCUCGUGUUACAAAAGAUCCGCUACCUUAUUCUCUUCAGCGGUCGCAGCCGAAAUGACAAGGAGAAAUUGCUGAAAAAACUCAUCGACUACCUGAUGGAGCACUUUGAUCUUUGCCAAUCGCUGUGGCUCAACAACAUCAAGUACGUCUUGCCCUUCAUGUCGCAACGGCAGGUGGGUGUCAUCGGCAAGAAGAUGAUUGAAUCGCCUCAAGUUUGGAAGUCGGUCCUAUCCGACCAGGACGUGACAGAGAAACGCACUUUGCAAAUGAGUUUGAUUUGUUCAGUAUUCGGAUCCAUUCACGAUCAGAGCCGCAAGCGGAAAUCGGAAGAAGACGCUCUACCCCUUUCAUCUGGAACCCUGUCGGUGCUGCGACUGUUUUCAAUGCACCACGACUUUUGGAUCGGCAGCGUCGAUCAGUCGAAUAAAAAGGUGACGACAUCUCUGCGUCAAUCAGCCGAACUUUUACAGGAAUCGAUGCGUCAAGUCGAGUCGACCACCACGGAACGCGAUUUAACCGAAUUAUUGCGCCCCCUGGACAUCCUGGAGUGUUUACCGCUGGAAUACGUCCUGGGACCCGUCCAUUCUGGUUGUCUGAUGGGUUUGCUCAGUCUCCUGCUCAGUUGCACCCAAGAACAAAUCAAGAGUCGGAUCUGGCUGAUGAUUGUGCGCCUUUUGGACGCUGAGAAAAACUCGUCGCUUUUCGAAUACUUUCCCUGCACAGAGUUUAUGAUUUGGGCCGUUUCCAACACGAAAGAGCUGCCCGAUUGCGCCCUGAUCUUCUCCACGCUGUUUGACGAGAUGCUGCGAUCGCCAAAGUCUGCCAAGGAAUGUUUUGUCUGGAUUAAAACGGCCGACCUUUCCGCCACGGCCCUUCCCGUCACCGUUCUGGCCAUCAAGAAGCUCAUCAAACACAAGAAAAUCGAUGAAAAAAUGUUCAGCACCGUUCGCAAACGGUUCCUCAAGACAUUCGAGCAAGGGCUGGAAAAUCGAUUGAUUGAUGCCCUGGAAGGAGCUCAUUGUCUUCUGGAAAUCUUUGUGGAUCAACAUUCGAAAACGGCCAAAGAAACGACAGACAAACCGCUGAAAAUCAAGGAAUUGCUGAAUAACCUCCCCAAAGUGGUGGAAGCCGCUCGCAAGGGUUUAAUGUCAACAGAUGAAGCGGUCGGUUUGGCUAGCGCCGAGUUCCUGGGUCUCCUGCUGGCCCACCAGCCACUGCUGUGCAAAUAUGUCACCAAGGACAUCAAAAUGGGCACUUGGAACGCGUACCGCCAGAGUCCGAAUGCGACGAGAUGGGACGAUCGACUCUUGCGUCAACUCAUCUCCAAGUCCAACCUGAAAGAGUUUCACGUGAUGACCAACGCCAUGAUCGACGACCUGCAAUCGGCUUCGCUUCAAGCCCUGGAUGAAGAAAUGGUGGAUGAUGUGGCCGUUGAAUUGGACGUGCGCCGAGUCAGUUGUUUCUUCCGCCAUCUGGUGUCGGCCGAUUUACCUGUCAGCGAGGAUCGUUUUGGUGUCCGGCUGCAAGUGCUCCAGACGGCCUUGCCCUUGGUCCAGCAUCUGGUCCUGUCGGUGUGUCGCAAUUACGACUCGGUGGAUCGAGUCGUCCGCCUGGCCAUCCCACCGAUGGGCAUCUACCUGUCGCUGUUGAACAUGAACGACUCGUUCGCCUAUCCACACGACCUGACGUCUCCGCUGCACGCCUGUCUGGCCCUGCCGCUGAACGCUGACAUGUCUGCCGAUCAUUUCGAAUCGAUUUUCACGGUCAUUUACAAAACGGUCCAUUAUUUGCUGACGAAGCACCAAGAAGUGGCGGCCGAUCGUGUGCCGGUGUUGCUGCAAGUUUACCGUCGCCUGAUGGCGUGCACUUGUUCCCGCUCCGACUCGCGCCGCUCUGCCGGUGAUUCGGAAGUGGCCAGUUUGACGGAUUCGGCCAACCGACUGGCCCGUCUGGCGUCGGUGAUCAACACGCAACCGUUGCGCUACCGCCGGGCGGCCGCCUACAUCAUCGUCGACCUGCUGAGCGACUUGAAGAAGCAGCCGCUCUACCCGACCGUCAAACAGGAGCUCACGACCGCUCUCUACCACCUGAUGGAUUUGUUGGACCAGCACGCCAACCGAUACCUCAUGGCUGUCUUGCCCUGCGGCAUUCACGAACUCUUCCGCCUCGAAUACGAACACUACGAAAAGUUUUACAAAUUCAAGGGAAAAGUUUAACAAAAAAAUAAAAAUUUAUUUCUUUCGACUAA